GUGUAGGGGACAAAUACAUUGGGAAGGACGUUUGUUUGUUGACAACCGCCGACCUUAGCUUUCAUUCUGUAUAACGGUACUACAUGCAGUAACACAGCUGAAUGGCGCUAACAAAGUCCCAGAAUGGCUUCGUUCCAAGUGUGCGGUGUGCAGCACCUCCUUCAGGUACAAAGGACCACAGCCGCACCUGCUUCCCUGUCUACAUCCUGUAUGUGAGGACUGUCUUGAGUCAGUAGUACUAACAACUCUGCUCUGUUCCAUCUGUAUGGAAAGCCACGACCGGAAUGGUAGGAACUUUCCCGUGGACGAGGUCGUCCUGGAGGAGGUGUUCCGCGAGACGGCCAAGCAUCUUCCUUCAUCCUUUGUGUGUGGCAAUAAACAGGAUGGGAACGAGGCUGAGUGUUGGUGUGAGGAGUGUGGAAUCUUCUUCUGUAGACGCUGUGAGAAGUCUCACGGAGAGAUCAAAGCAACAAGAAACCACAAGAUGCAGUGGACAUUCGACCUGUCAUCGACAGGUACAGGGUUACAAACUAAGUGUGAGGAACACGGCCAACCACUGGACAUCUAUGACAUAGACUGUGACUGUUUCAUAUGUCCCCAGUGUUUCUAUGACGAACACACCGACCACAAUACACAAACUGCCGACAGAUUCCUCACAGAUGAAAAGGAAAAUCUGAGCGAUUACAUGAAAUCCAUUUCUGACAAGACGGAACGCAUAGCAGUAGCUCAUUCGAACGUGGAUAGACAGGAAGAGGUUAUUGAACAAAAAGCUACAUCCCUUCGAGAAGUCAUGAAGUUCACCUUCUCCGAUUUGAGAAGUAUGCUUGAUCAGAGAGAGAAGCAGAUGCUUGCAGAGUUGGAUCACCUUCUGGACUCCAUGAGGAUCAUCAAUGACAGUCGACGUCCUGUCCUGAAGUCAUCAGAGACCAUUUGUCAGUCGCUCCUUGACUACAUCAAAAAGACUCUCCUCUAUGCAUCACCUACCCACCUCCACAAACUGAAAAGCUCCAUUACACAGGCGUGUGAGUCAUGUAUCGGCGACGAAGUUCCAACUGUUCACAGACUCGAGUCGUCUGUUGUCUUCUCAAAGCAGAGGCUGCACGAGUUGAUGUUACUGGUUUCGUCCUUUGGGACCUUCUUGACUCCUGUAGAGGCUGAUCAAGCGGAUGAAAUUACUUCGCUUGAAUCAGUUCGUGAGAUGACACUCAAGUCAACUAUUACAAAACUUCAAACACAACAGAAGGAUGCAGAGGAGGAAAUAGAAUCACUCAGAGGCAGUAUUCAGACCCUCCAGGAGGAAGUGGACCGACUGCGUAAGACUAUUGUCAGUUUAGACAACAAAGUCCUCAACGGCCAUACAUACCUGCAUGUACUGGAGAGGGACCAGGACUGUGCCAUUACUGCUAUUGAAUGUCCAGUUAUGAUGUUUGAUCCAGAAAGGGUUAACCGAAGGGCGGUACACAUCCAUAAGCAAAUGCUUAUCAACAGGAGACACUGGCCAAACAAAAGCCACGGCAUACAGGCAGACCCUAAAAGACCAGCUCUGAAGAACUACUGUGGCACCUGUUGCACCUCCCCACUGCCCUCUAGCGGCCUGGUGUACUGGGAGGUGGAGGCGGAUGUGGAACUGGACAAGCCUCUAGGUGAUGGAAUUCUUCUGUUGGAGGUCGGUGUGUGUGCAGAGGAUGUCAUGGACAGUUCAGCCUAUAUUACUGGCCAGCCAUCUUCGUCGAGCCUCCUGAUUGGUGUCAGCGACAAUAGCAACACAAUUGCACUGUGUCUUACAGUGGAUGGACACUCUUUUGUCAGCAAGGAUGACGUGGUUGACAAUGAUACGGGCACGCAUACCAGGCUACAGUACGGGGUUCUCCUCGACAUGGAUGAAAUGAAAAUAUGCUAUCUUGACAUCAUCCAACGGGAGGUUUUGGGAUGCGGACAUCUUCGUGUGAUGGGUUCCGCUCCUGAAUUAUGGCCAAUGUUUGGGGUUUAUCAUGGCCCCAGAAGUGUUGCCAUGAAGAUUGUGGGUGGCCAGGAGAUUAAGAUGGAAGACUGGAAGAAGGAACUCCUUCAGGGAGCGUCAAGCCCGUGAUGUCAUGAACUGUUGCACACCUUGUGUUGUCCAUGCCAACACACUCAUAUCAUUGCAGCAUUCUUGUCAGCUGUUUUUUGUACCUUAUUUGUACAAGGCCCAUAUACGUUUGAAAUCAACUGUACAUAAAUAUUGCAUAAUAUAUAGGAUUAUAUCUUGUAAUGAUUUCUCUUCACAUUGUCCACAACUUAGAUCUCUUCCAGUAUUAUAUUGAAGAGUAUGUGCAUUCUUUUCUGUUUAUUUGCUAUAAAUGUUUUAUACUCAUAUUUUAUGUUUGUGCUUUUUAAUAAAACAAAAGAAUUUUGUUUGGAGUCGGUUAACAUUUGUUCUGAAUUCGCAAAUGAUCAUAGAAACAUACUAAGGUUUGUUUAUAAAACAGCUGUGAAUAAAUUCUGCUUGUUGACAAACA